AUGGAAUUUGUUCAACGUGCCAUGCACAAGAAUAAAGAUAUUGUGGGUGUAAUCUUCAUGAUGACAAUUGAUCCAAGUAGAAUUUCAGCUUCAGCUACACCAUUUGCUCUCAUCGACGAAUACAGUGCUAUCAAAAGUGAAAAAGAAAUUCUAUUCUCAAUGCACAGUGUUUUUCGUGUCGAUGAUAUCAAACAGGCAGUCGGCAACAGUCGUCUAUGGGAAGUUCAAUUGACUCUCACAGGCGACAAUGAUCCACAAUUGGCUACUCUUACUGAACGCAUAAAAGGGGAACUCUGUGGAUCCACAGGAUGGCACCGAUUGGGCCAUCUAAUGCUUCAAGUGGGUCACUACAAUCAAGCUGAAGAUCUUUACAACAAAUUACUCAAGAAAACGUCCAGCGACGAUGACAGAGCACAUAUAUAUCAUAUGCUUGGACUCUUGAAAAACAAUCAAGGACAAUACAAAGAAGCAGUUUCAUUUUAUGAAAAAUUACUUGAAAUCGGGCGAAAAACUCUUCCGGAAGAUCACUCUUCAUUGGCUACUACCUACAACAACAUCGGCCUUGCGUAUAACAACAUGGGUAACUACUCGAAAGCACUUGAGUUUUACGACAAAUCACUUAAAAUAAGAGAAAAAGCUCUGUCUCCGAAUCAUCCCAAUUUGGCUACUUCCUACAACAACAUCGGUCUUGCAUAUAACAACAUGGGUAACUACUCGAAAGCACUUGAAUUUUACGAAAAAGCACUUAAAAUCGACGAAAAAUCUCUGCCUCCGAAUCAUCCCUCAUUGGCUACUUCAUACAACAACAUCGGUGGAGUGUAUAAAAACAUGGGUAACUACUCGAAAGCACUUGAAUUUUACCACAAAGCACUUAAAAUCUACGAAAAAUCUCUGCCUCCGAGUCAUCCCGAUUUGGCUACUUCCUACAACAACAUCGGUGAAGUGUAUAGAAACAUGGGUAACUACUCGAAAGCACUUGAAUUUUACGACAAAUCACUUAAAACAAGAGAAAAAUCUCUGCCUCCGAAUCAUCCCUCAUUGGCUACUUCCUACAACAACAUCGGUGAAGUGUAUAGAAACAUGGGUAACUACUUGAAAGCACUUGAAUUUUACGACAAAGCACAUCAAAUCUAUGAAAAAUCUCUGCCUCCGAGUCAUCCCGAUUUGGCUACUUCCUACAACAACAUCGGUCUUGCGUAUAACAACAUGGGUAACUACUCGAAAGCACUUGAAUUUUACGACAAAUCACUUAAAAUACUCGAAAAAGCUCUGCCUUCGAAUCAUCCCCAUUUGGCUAGUUCCUACAACAACAUCGGUCUUGCGUAUAACAAAAUGGGUAACUACUCGAAAGCACUUGAAUUUUACGAAAAGGACUCUCAAAUAACGAAAAAAAGUCUGCCUCCGAAUCAUCCCUCAUUGGCUACUUCCUACAACAACAUCGGUGCAGCGUAUGACAGCAUGGGUAACUACUCGAAAGCACUUGAAUUUUACGACAAAGCACUUAAAAUAAGAGAAAAAUCUCUGCCUCCGAAUCAUCCGAAUUUGGCUACUACCUACAACAAUAUCGGUGGAGUGUAUAGGAACAUGGGUAACUACUCGAAAGCACUUGAAUUUUACGACAAAUCACUUAGAAUAAGAGAAAAAUCUCUGCCAUCCAAUCAUCCCGAUUUGGCUACUUCCUACAGCAGCAUCGCUGGAGUGUAUGGCAACAUGGGUAACUACUCGAAAGCACUUGAAGUUUUCGAUAAAGCACAUAAAAUACUUGAAAAAUCUCUGCCUCCGAAUCAUCCCGAUUUGGCUACUUCCUACAACAACAUCGGUGAAGUGUAUAGAAACAUGGGUACCUACUCGAAAGCACUUGAAUUUCACGACAAAUCACUUAAAAUAAGAGAAAAAUCUCUGCCUUCGAAUCAUCCCGACUUGGCUAAUUCCUACAACAGCAUCGGUGUGGAUUAUUCCGGACAAGGUGACUACCCAAAAGCACUUUCAUAUCUAGAAAAGGCACUUGCCAUCUUCAAAGAAUCACUUCCACCAACACAUCCUAAUAUUAAAACGGCGAUGAAUAAUAUUGACUAUGUGAAGAUGUGUUUGUUUUUCUUCUCGCUUGCUGAGUAA